CUUCGAAGUACUUGUCAUUUUUCGAUUUGCAGGCAAUCAACAUGGCGACCAUUGCGCGCAAGCAGAUUUCGCAGGAGACGUUCGACGAGUGCGUGGCCGAGAAUGUGGAGGACUUUGACAUGUCGCUGGAGGAAGCGGUGGCCGACACCGUGCAGCAGUUUGAGUCUCAGGGAGUGGAUCUAUCCAAUAUCAUUAAGAGCGGCGUGGCACAGACGGCUGACGGACACGAGCCUCUGCCUGUGCGGCUAAAGCGGCUGAUUUCGGAGCUGCAGAAGAUCGUGAAGCUUGAAAGCGAGCACAAUCGAAUGCUAAGCCUCGUUGCGGAGUUGCAGAGCGUGUGUGAGGAGGUCCCAGAGGCUCGUGUGGUGGCAGGACGGAACGAUGCCGCGGAUACACUGCUGGCUUUGUUUGAUUGCAAUUCCACCGCUAUAGUGACCUCUUGCAGCAAUUUACUAGUGUUGCUGUGUACCGACAAUAUCGAUAACCAGGACUUUGUAGGGGUCACAGGAAUGCAGCGACUUGUAGAGGUGUUGAAGCGACAACGGGAAGAUCCAGAGAGUGCAGCACGUGUACUAGCGCUAGUGAAAGCAGCUUGUGUCAAGCACGAGAACAACAAAGCGCACUUUACAAAAUCAGGUGGCAUUGAAGCUAUAUGCAGGUAUUUAGAGAGCGCAAAGGCUAACGAGGUGCUGUCGAAGCAAUUGGCGCUAUGCUUUCGAGUAUUGACUAUCAACGACGAUCCACGAGCGACGUUCUCGCAGGCGCAAGAUACCAUCAAGGCUCUCGUUGAGCGUAAUGUGAUUUCGUACAGCUUAGAUGUGCUGCGCCAAGUACGAUGCACUGAUGCAACACAGACAUCACCGGAUCUGCUCGUUAACUGGCUUGCAGUACUUAAGCAGCUCGCUGUAACUGAGGAAAACUGCCAACAGAUCGCCGAUCUAGAUGGGUUAACCAUUGUACAAGACGUCAUGCAAGCGUAUGAGCACAGCGCUCCCGUAGCCAAACGCUGUAUUACAGUUUUCAGGAACGUGGCGGCUGCGGAUGAUCUAAAGCGCGCGAUUCUUCAGUCUGGAGGUGUCGAACGGACUUUGCUGGUCAUGCGGCGCCAUGAAGCCGACGCAUCCAUCCAACAAAACGCGUGCGCAACGCUGGCUGCUAUUGCGCUGCGCUCUCCAGAGAAUAGUCGUGCACUAGUCGAGCUCGGGGCUAUUCGACGAAUCGCGCGAGCCAUGCAGGCUCAUCACCGUGACGUGGCUGUGCUCCGCCAAGCGAGUCUAGCAGUACGGAACAUGGUGGCUCGUAGUGUGGAGUUACGUUCGAGAUUCUUGCACGAUGAACCAGCGAUCGAGCCAUUGCUUCGCGACGCUCAGCAGUAUCGCGGCUGUGGUGACGAAGCCUACGCUGCUCUACGUGACUUGGGAUGCGAUAUUCAACUGUCUUCCUUCGGUGCUGCUGCAGCCUCUGCUGCUGCGUCAGGGUCCGUCAAGGCGCCUGCAAUCAAGCCACGCUUUAAUCCAGUUCAAGCCCAGUCUAACCAAUUGCUUGAGAGCGUAGAGGAAGCUGCAGUAGCUCCGUUUGCUAGCUAACAGAAACAACAAGGAACAGCUUGCAACAGAGUA